GUCCCUGUUGCGCAUGUGCAGUGGCACACAGCUUUGUUGUUUGAUGUCAUGAUGGCGCUGAGUAAAACGUUUGGACAAAAACCGGUGAAAUUCCAGUUGGAGGAGGACGGAGACUUUUACAUGAUCGGAUCAGAGGUGGGGAACUACCUGCGCAUGUUCAGAGGUUCUCUGUAUAAAAGAUAUCCGUCAUUAUGGAGGAAACUGGCCUCAGUAGAAGAGCGAAAGAAAAUCGUGGAGUCGUCACACGAUCACGGCUACACUCAGCUCGCCACCAGUGUGACUCUGCUGAAGGCGUCCGAGGUCGAGGAGAUCCUUGAAGGAAACGAUGAGAAAUACAAAGCUGUUUCCAUCAGCACUGAACCUCCGGCCUACCUCAGGGAACAGAAGGCAAAGAGGAACAGUCAGUGGGUUCCCACGCUGCCCAACAGUUCUCACCACCUGGACGCAGUUCCCUGCUCCACCACCAUCAACCGCAGCCGACUGGGACGAGACAAGAAGAGGACGUUCCCACUGUGCUUUGACGACCACGAUCCAGCGGUGAUCCACGAGAACGCCACUCAGUCCGAAGUCCUGGUCCCGAUCCGUCUGGACAUGGAGAUCGAAGGACAGAAGCUCAGAGACGCGUUCACCUGGAACAUGAACGAGAAGCUCAUGACGCCCGAGAUGUUCGCUGAGAUCCUCUGUGACGACCUGGACCUCAACCCGCUGACCUUCGUCCCCGCCAUCGCCUCCGCCAUCAGACAGCAGAUCGAGUCUUACCCCACAGACAGUAUCCUGGAGGAGCAGACGGACCAGAGGGUCAUCAUCAAGCUGAACAUCCACGUGGGGAACAUCUCGCUGGUGGACCAGUUUGAGUGGGACAUGUCAGAGCGGGAGAACUCUCCAGAGAAGUUUGCCCUGAAGCUCUGCUCCGAGCUGGGCCUGGGCGGAGAGUUUGUCACCACCAUCGCCUACAGCAUCCGCGGUCAGCUGAGCUGGCACCAGAGGACCUACGCCUUCAGUGAAAACCCUCUGCCCACCGUGGAGAUCGCCAUCAGAAACACGGGCGACGCGGACCAGUGGUGCCCCCUGCUGGAGACGCUGACAGACGCGGAGAUGGAGAAGAAGAUCAGAGACCAGGACAGAAACACCAGGAGAAUGAGGCGACUGGCGAACACGGCUCCUGCUUGGUAGACGAGGCGGCGUAAGCUCCGCCUCCUCCUCUCACCUGUGUACAGAACGCCGCUCACCUGACUGAGGUAUGACUUUGUCACGGUUCACUUCUUCACCAACAAAGUCUUUUCUGCUCGAGUCCUCAGAACAUCGUCGCCCUCCAUGAGUUCUGUUUUUAUCGUUACUGAUAUGUUGUCCUGUUUGGCCACGCCCCCUCCGGUAGAACAUGCCCCGCCUCUCUCACCACUGACUCUUCACUCGACCACAGGAGCAAACGUCUCGAGCUCUCAGAUAAUAUAUUUGUUUUGUUGUCGUUGUCUUUUGUACAUUUUAAUAAUUCUUACAAAAUAAAGAAAA